AUGAGUUUCGUCCCUGUCAACCCGCGGCCCAUGCUGCAGGACCUCGUCAACAAGCCCGUCUCGGUGCGCCUCAAGUGGAACGACACCGACUACCGGGGCCGCCUCGUCUCCGUCGACAGCUACAUGAACCUGCAGCUCGCGGGCGCCGAGGAGUACAUCGACAACAAGCAGACCGGCUCCCUGGGCUCCAUCCUGAUCAGAUGUAACAAUGUCCUCUGGAUCCGGGGUAUAGACGAAGACAAGGAGAUGAAAAUGGAGUAA